CGCCAGGCGUCUGCCAACGCUCGCGCGCUGGCAUCCGCCGCCAGCCACUGGACGCCUCGCGCCCGCGGCGUCACGGCGGGCAGCGCCUCGGACGACGACAGCAGCUCGGAGAUCGGCGAGCCUGCCGGCGAUGUGUCGCCCGACCAGGCCAUGAUCAGCCGCGCGGCCGUGCCGCUCACAGAGGACGCGCUCAACGCCAGCUCGGCCUUCAGCCAGGCGACGGCGGGCGAGCGCUCCGCAUCCGACGUGCGCCAGUCGCGCCGCAUCGCCACGCGCGCCUCGCUCGCGGCGAUGAACGACGGUGUGCUUGAGCGGCGCUUCUCGACGCAGGUCAGCAUGACGCCGCCAGCUCGCUUCGGCACGCGCGUCGACGAGUCGCCGUUCGAUGCGCAUGCCACGCUCGCCGCGCAGCCCGCCACCGGCCUGCGCAAGCCGCCGUCGACCCUGCGCUUUGGCGAGGCGCGGCAGUCAGGCAUGCCGCGGUCGCAUGCGUGCGAGUCGCUCGUCCCGCUCGGCGCCACGCCCGCCAGCUCCAGCGAGAUGGGCCGGGGUCGCAGCUGGGAGGGCGGCAUGCGUCGGACCUGCCCAUUGCCCGCUACCUCUGCACUUGGCUCGCGGAUAGCCAUCAGUGCGGCACACCAGGCGCCCAGGCGGAGCGACGCCGGCACGCAGACAGCACUCCGAGCUGCUCCGCCGUCGCCGCCUGCCCACUCGAGCCAUGUGCGCGCCCAGACUGAGACGGACUCUGCGGGCAGCAGCGUCGCAGCUCGGCGACGGCGUGCACCUUCCUUCUUAGCGCCUCUGCGCGAGCCCGUCUCUCAUCGGGCCAUGGAGCUGGACUCGGACACGGACGCCGACGAGGCGCCGCCACCGAGUCCCAGCCCGAUGGGCGACCUCGCCUUUCCGGGCACACUCCGCGCUGGAUCCAGCGAGGACGAGGACGGCGGCGUGCUGCAGCCUGGGUUCCGGCCCAGCAGCUCUGGCUCGCGGCGGUUGCAGGGCAGUCGCAGCAUGAGCGUUGGCCAGCAGUCGGUGCCGCAGGGCCUCGGCCUGACGCUGGCCUUUGGCAUGACCAACCUGCCUGGCCCGUCGCGCUCCUCCACUGCGAGCAGCUUUAAGUCAUCGGGCAGCGCGAGCACAACCACCAUCGCGAGCUCCACCAGCAGCGCAGCACUCGAGGCGAGCGCCUCCUCGCCGUACAAGACACCCUUCAAGCGGCGCGCCGGCGGCGAUGCGACGCCGGUCCACAUUGACCGCGCACGCUCGUCGUCUUCCGGCUCGUCGGGCUCGUACGAUGCCGACAGCGUGCCAGUCGGCAGCCGUCGCGCCUCGAACGGCGGCAGUGUCUCUGCAAGCCAGUCUCUCUUCGGCUUUGCCGGCAACAUGGCUGCGCCUCCGCACUCCGCUAGCGAGACGCGAUCGCUGGACCGGGACUCCAAGCGUCGCUCCACAGGAUCCAUGCAGCCUCCGCUUACCCUGACGUCCCGUCUCUUUGGCUCCGGCGCUGAGCGAGCCGACGGCCCAUCGUCUUCAACACCAGCAUCGCGCUCGGCGCGGUCGAGCAUGCCGCCAGUGCACGACAUGCCCAACUCGCGACGAGCUUCCGUCUCUUCCAUCUCGUGGAGCAACUGCGACUCGCCUGCUGGCGGCGCUGCGUCCAAUGAGUUUGACGACAGCGGCGUGGGCUUCAACACGCCGGCGGGUAAGGCUCCCGUCAUGCUCGGGCUUGGGCCGCUGGGUCGGCAGCUUGGACUUGGCUCGGCACGUCAGGGCUCCAGUGCCAAGGCACCGCGCUUCGGCGGCCUGGAGUCGUCAGAGUACGAGGCGAGCCCGGCGAAGGCAGCUGCAGCGCGCCGAGAGGCUGGCUUGCAAGGCGUGCCGGCAGGCAGUCACCCGUUCAGCGUCCGCGAGCGAUCAAGCUUGGCCAACGAGGCGCGGCUCAGUGACAGCAGCAGCUCAGCGGCCAGCUCGCCAGCGCCGUCGCGGCUCGGCGCGCGCAACUUGAGCGUGCCGGAGGGCCUCGGUAGCCCUGCUCGGCACAUUCCCGACGGCCUGCCGCCUCGCGACGCUCUCUCCGUCGGCAACUUCCCUCUGCCCGACGACCACGCCCUGCCUUACCUCACGCCACAGAACUUCAAGAACGCCAAGCCGCUGGCCACCGCGUUCCUCUCGACCGGCCUCGUGUCGAAGCAGCGCGGACGUGCGCAAGGCGACAUCGUGCCGCCGCUGCCGCCCAACUUUGCUGCCCUCGGCGCUGCAUCUGUCGGGAAUGUCACGGGCGUCAGCGCGUCUGCGAGCGGCACGGCGCUGCGCGAGAUCGUCGCUGCGGCAAACGCAAAGGCCGCAGCGGCCGCGCCAGGCACAGCACUGAUGCCUGACACGCCCGUCAAGAAGAUGCCGGUCGAGGCGAGCCACGUCAAGGCCACGCUGCAGCCGCCGCCGUCGGUCGUCCGUGCGCCUCCGGUCCACCUUCUCGGCGCGCCUCAGCAGAGUGCGCAGCCGGCAGCCAGGAUGCGAUACUCGCCUGCCCUCGACUCUGCCUCCAGCAGCAGCGGCGCGAGCGCGUGCGGCGGCGAGUCGCCGCUGCUCUUCGAUGCCUGCGACAGUCCGACGCUCAACUUGGUGUCUGUCAGCAACUCGGGCGGUGACCUCGCGGCUGCAGCAGCGGCAGAGACAGGCUGGCCCGGCUUCGUCGAUGACUCUAUCCGCGCGCGCCGCUCGCGCCACGUCGGCAGCAACUCGCAGCUCGGUCAGGCCUUUGUGCCUCUUCCGCGCACCGUUUCGCCGCCUCACGGUCUUCGCUCAGACGCUCCGCUCGAGCGUGCGCCGAGCUUCGGGAGCAGCCUCGAUACAUGCGGCGGCUCGCCUCUCAGCGACGGGCCGGUGAGCCCGAGCAUGCAGGCGCAGCUCAGCAGUGCUCGGAUUCCCGCAAGGGCAGCGCGAGCUCGCAACACCACCUUUCUGGCACCGGGCAGUGCUGCGUCGUCCUCUUCUGCCGCGCCGUCUCCGUCAGGUCAGGCAACGCACCUGGAGGAGGCGCGCUCUCGCUCGCCCGGGCUGCCAAGCUCCGGCAGCGCCUUUGCUGCGAACAGCCUCGGCCCGCACAACCCUUUCGCCCGGCCGCCCCUGCUGCGCAGCAAGACCGGCAGCCGUCCAGCUCUGAUUCUUCCUGGACGCGCAAACUCGUUCUCCUCGACGACCGACCAAGCCACGCUGCGAUCGCUGGCGAGUCCGACGUUCGGGCCCGGCCCGAUCCCUACGACGCCCACGCGUAACGGUGGGCCGAUCAAGUGGUACGAGGCCGCACAGCUCGUCACGACGCCGUCUCCGUCGUCGCGCCGUCGCACUGCAGAGGCGCACGCGGCAAAGCGUGGCAGCAUCAGCGGCCGGCUCGCCAAGGGCAGCCGCCUGAGCCACGGGCCGAUCUCGGUCGACGCACUCUCCAAGGACGCGCCGAGCAAGACGCGCGGCUCGCUCUUCCUGCCGCAGGCUCCGAAGUCGCCGGUCGUCAGUCCGUUCGAGACCCGCUUCACUGUCCAGUCCGUCCUUGGCCGCGGCGAGUUCAGCGAGGCGGUCAAGGUUGAGGACCGCUCGACUGGCUGCGUGUACGCGAUCAAGCGCAUGAAGCGUGCCUUCACGGGCCCGCGCGACCGCCUGCGUCGUCUCGAGGAAGUCGACAUCCUGCGGCAUCUGUCGUCUGUCGAGACAUCGGCCGGCGUCACUGGGCAUUCGAACGUCAUCUCGCUCGUGGAUGCCUGGGAGGAGGGCGGCCACCUCUUCGUCCAGACCGAGCUGUGCCCGUUGGGCACGCUGAGCUUCUUCCUCGAGGGCUACGGCAAUCUCGUCGGCCAGCUCGACGAGCCGCGGCUCUGGAAGGUGCUCACGGAGCUGUCGCUGGGCCUCGGCCACAUCCACAGCCACGGCAUCCUGCACCUCGACCUCAAGCCGGCCAAUGUCUUCAUCACCGAGAUCGGCACGCUCAAGAUCGGCGACUUCGGCCUGGCGACGCGCUGGCCGCCCGUCGAGCCUUCGGUCAUCCUUAAGGGCGCCGCCAUCGACUCGACCGACGCAGCGAGCGCGCCCGACUUCAUCAAGCCGACCAGCCUCGGACAGCGGGCGCGGCGUGGCAGCAAGGGUCCCAACGUGGAGCGCGAAGGCGACCGCGAGUACCUGGCGCCGGAGAUCAUGUUCGAGGCACACUACAGCCAGGCUGCCGAUAUCUUCAGCCUCGGCCUGAUCAUGCUCGAGGCCGCCGGCAACGUCGUCCUGCCCGACAACGGCGAGGCGUGGCAGAAGCUGCGCAACGACGACCUGUCCGACGUCGACCUCUCGAACUUCAGCGUCUCACUCGUGCGCCUCAUCAAGACCAUGAUGAGCAAGGAGCCGCACCGGCGGCCCUCAAUCCAGUCCAUCCUCGCGCACCCGGUCGUCAAGGCCGUGCAGGCACGCAUGGCCGAGGGCCUCAUGGCCUCCGAGCUCGACCAGCUGCCGGAGUUCGACCUCGCCGCCGCUGAUCUGAGCUGCUCGGUCGUGCCAGACGUCGACGACGAGGGCGACGCCGACAUGGCCGGCACCGGCGCGGGACCGAGCAGCGAAGACAUGGCGCGCUCGGGCUCAGCAUCCUCGUCGUCAUCGGCCUACAGCAGCGGCGACGAGUCGCGCGUGCUCGACGUCCGCGGCGCCCUCAUCCAGGAGCCCGAGGACUUCCUGCUCCACGUGCUGUCGGCCGAUCCCGACCCCGACGCGCGCGAGCGCUGCCGCGAGGAGCCGAGCCCGUGGGCCUUCGACAUUGCGGCUGUGGACAUGACGCCGAUCAAGGUGCACGCCGGCAGCUCGACCUUCUCGGGAGGCGUCGGCCUCGGCAUCGACGCGAACUCUCCCUUUGCCAUCCACUUCACCUGCUCGCCGGGCCAUGGCGCCGGCGCCGAGCCGCCGCACACCUCAUUCGCCGCCUCGCCGCUGCGCAAGCAGCACGACUGCUUCUCCAUCGGCAGCACGGCCGACGCGGGUGCCAUGGACCUCGACGACGACGACGUCUUCCACGAGCCGUGACUCUUGUACCCUCCAUCCUAGACCUUUGUGCGACGUAUUCCCAAUCAUAAUCAGUCCGCGAC